AUGGCGAAACUUCACACCCUCCCCGUUGAAAUCAUAUGCCAUAUUUACUCUUAUGCAGAUCAGGUCUCGCAAAAGGCGCUCCGGCUCACGAACCGCCAGCUCGGUCACAUCGGAAAACGGAGCGUCUUCCAGGCCGUCAGUGUUACGACUAGUGACGAGAGCUUAGAACGUAUAAACCAUAUCCUGGAGAGACCUGAUCUUAUUUCCCAUACCACCAAAAUAUAUCUGAACACCUUCGAUCCGAAGGAUGAGGAAGUUGUAAGUUAUUACGACCCCGACCCCUACGACGAUGUGGCAGUACGGUUGUUUCAUCCGCUAGAGAAGAUUCCCCGGUUGCAGAGGGUGGUUCUUCGGUUUCAUCCUGAAUGUCCCGAGGAUGCUGACGACGACGUUCCCCAGUCUCAAGCUUUCCGGGCAGAAGUGAUGAAGUACGGUCUGGCGGCGUUUGUUGCGAUGCCUCAUCUGAAAGACCUUGCUCUGCGAGAUUUGGAAAAUGUCAACUUCACCGACACCGAAGCUAUUGCCAACCUCAACAAGCUCUUGCCCAGACUCCGGUCACUUCGACUUAAUAUAGCCAAUCUGUACGGUGGGGCGUAUGGCAGUUCUGACUAUUAUGAAGUAUUCCCGCAUACAUUCUUUUCCAACUUACCCUCAUUCUGGCUAAAGCCUGCCCUUUCAAACUUAGAGCAUCUAACCCUCUAUUCCAACAUCUACGUCGGGUUCGUCUCCAAGUGCGACUUCCGAGGCCUUCAUUUCCCCAAGCUCAAAACACUAGCAUUAGGAAACCACACCUUCAUCCACGACUCCCAGCGCGACUGGAUCCUAUCCCAUGGGGAGACUCUCUCGGAGCUCUACAUGGACGACUGCGCAAUUAUCUUCGAAGCAACAGUUUACCCCAAAACCAUAGAGCACUCAUAUCUUCCACCACAUGCCUUCAAACCACACCCUCACGUCCAGCAACCCAGGCUCUAUACAAGAUACGACAGCCGCUGGGCGGAUUAUUUCCGCGCCUUCAAGGACAAGUUGCCGCGCCUGCAACACUUUCGGUAUGGCAGCGCGCGAAAUUUGUGGGAGCAUGGUUCGACCCCGUUUGAGAGCGAGGGGCGCAUCCGCAUUGGUUUCCGGAGCGAAAGUUAUAUGGUGUACUGUGAUGGGCGCUUACCAAGAGAGUAUGAUAGACGCAUGCUAUGGCAAAUCCCAAAGGAGGACGGGGUGGUUAGUUACGUCCAUGGGAGUCCGCUGAACUAUACGGACGAUGACGAGACGGCCCUGGAGGAGCUCUGUGCGAAGGUUGGACUGAGUGUGAACUUGGAUGAGGAUUACUAG